AUGCUGGAGCAACAACAAGCAUGGCUAGUACAUGGUCUGCAGGAGAUGUAUCGUCGCGCCAGCGAAGGCGAAGGGUGGCCCGGCGAGCCCUUGAAAUGCGAACCCAACGGCCACCCGCUCACUCACGAUCUGCUCACCCGGUUAGGGGCCUUGGAUCACCACAAGGGCGAACACUUUGAAGAAAGCCCGGAUGUGAUGCAGCAGGAAUUGUGGAAGCAGAAUGCAGGACAUAUGCAGCGCCAGGACUCGUCCGACGGCAGCUCCGAGACCGCACAAUCCCCCGUCGUACCAUCGCGCUUUUCCGACGCCUUCUCUCGACCAAUGCCGCCCUCGCCGUCCGCCUUCAGCCCUUCGUCGCGAACGCAAGGGCCGACGAUCAAAUCAGAGCCGCAUAUGACACCCAACAACCCGGCCUUUGUGGCACCGCUGGCCAUGCAAGGGGUAGUGAAUCCCGUCGCAUUGCAAGCGCCGCAGCAAUGGAACAACAACUUUGGCGGAUUUGAUGAGAUGGAUCUGAUGGCAACGCCCGAUUAUUCGAAUUUCUCGUUUGAGGAUCCCAUGUCGUCGCCCAUGUUCAACCGCCAAAUACCAAUGAACUGCAUGGUCUCCUCGUCGUAUAUGGACACCAAGAACGACUACGAGGAUAUCAGCCAGUUCCUAAAUGCCAACGCGCCGGAGAUCGCCUCCACUUGA